AAUGGCCACGAGAACAGUUCAGAGCUGCAGACAGCAGGUCGCUUCGUCUCUAAAGGCUCAAUCUGCAUCAGCAGGUAACAGAAGCAUCCAGACAAGUGCCAGAGCGACUCUGGCGAACUUCAGAAUACCUACAGUCAACAAUGAGCCAAACAAACACUACGAGAAAGGUUCAGUCGAUCGAUCGAAGCUCAGCGACGCAAUGCAAACACUCAAGUCGAAAGCACCCUUACAGGUCCCAAUCGUGGUAGCAGGGAAAGAGUCGAGAACACAAAAGAUCUCUGAACAGCCUAUGCCAUCGUCUCACAAGCACUCAUUGGCAUCAUGGUCGAAUGCCACAACAUCAGAUGUCAGCACUGCCAUUGACUCUGCCCUGGCAGCGCGAAGUUCGUGGGAGAGCAUGCCGUUCGCAGAUCGAGCUGCAGUCUUUUUGAAGGCGGCAGAUCUUGUGUCCGGAAAAUACAGAUACGAUAUAAUGGCUGCAACCAUGCUCGGCCAGGGUAAGAAUGCCUGGCAAGCUGAGAUUGAUUCUGCGGCGGAGCUUUGCGACUUCUUCCGCUUUAAUGUUCAGUAUGCGCAAGAUGUAUACUCUCAUCAGCCAGUGCAUCACAGCCCAGGCGUUUGGAACAGAGUGGAGUACAGGCCGCUCGAAGGCUUCGUCUAUGCCAUCACACCCUUCAAUUUCACAGCUAUCGCAGGCAACUUACCUUGUGCACCAGCAUUGAUGGGUAAUGUGGUUGUUUGGAAGCCAUCUCCAGCUGCGAUCGCCUCCAACUGGCUUCUCUACCAGAUCUUGAUUGAGGCUGGCUUACCGAAGGAUGUGAUACAGUUUGUGCCGGGAGAUGCGGUGGAGAUCACAAAGACCGUGCUCGCGCACCGGGAAUUCUCAGCACUGCACUACACUGGCUCAACAGCAGUAUUUCGUUCAUUGUAUGGACAGAUUGGCCAAGGAACUGCGGAAGGCCGCUACAGGAGCUAUCCUCGGAUUGUUGGAGAAACUGGGGGGAAAAACUUUCAUUUGGUGCAUGGCUCUGCGGACAUCCACAAUGCGGUCAUCAACACAGUGCGCGGUGCUUUUGAAUAUCAAGGUCAGAAGUGUUCGGCGACUUCGCGUGCGUACUUCCCGAAGAGCACGUGGGAUCAAGCCAAGACACUCCUGGUGCAGGAAACGGAAAAACUCAAGAUUGGUACACCAGAAGACUUCGACAACUUCAUUGGGCCCGUCAUUCAUCAGCAAUCAUUCGACAAGCUGUGCAAGGCGAUAGACCAGAGCAACCAGGACUCUGAGCUUGAGCUUAUCGUCGGCGGCAAGUACGAUGGCAGCAAAGGCUUUUUUGUGCACCCGACGAUUUACGAAACGAAGAAUGCUCAGCACCAAAACAUGAAGACAGAAUUCUUCGGCCCAUUGCUCACGGUGUAUGUAUAUGACGACACCAGAGAGCCCGAGAAGGCGUUUGCCGACAUUUGCGAGACGAUCGACAAGACGUCUGAAUAUGGCCUGACGGGAGCUGUAUUCGCCCAGGACCGCAAUGUGCUCAACUUGGCCGAGAAUGCGCUUCGGAACGCUGCUGGCAACUUCUACCUUAACGUCAAGUCUACCGGUGCUGUCGUUGGACAGCAGCCAUUCGGCGGAGCAAGAGCGUCGGGCACGAAUGACAAGGCAGGCUCUGCCAACCUGCUCUCUAGAUUCGUGAGCAUGCGUGCUAUCAAGGAGGACUUUGUGGGUGCGGGUGAGGUGAUAUAUCCAUCGAAUGUUGUGUAAUCUAUGUACGAUUUACCACUCUCCACAAGGGUGCACCAAAAUCCGCAUGCUUUCUCUUUGCC